GCUUCUCUGCUUCAGUUCAACAACCCACAAUCCUGUGCUGCAUCAGUCACAUGGAAACAUCGGUUGUUAAAAUCGGCCCAGUUUGACCUUUUAAGACCGAUGCUGAUAGAUCAGGCAUCACUAGGAACAUCAAUCUAAAACACGCUACGAAGCAGCGCCGUCAUUAAAGUUUAUCAGCUUCCAAAUGAUACCUGUUGGACCUGUCCUAAUAAUUACUCCCAUUAGCAAAGAAACACAGACGUCUCCAACAGAAGCUGCUGAGUGUGUUGACAGCAGACGACAGAUGAGAGGUCCAGCUGUAGUCUGUAGGUGACCAGGAUUGAAGAGCGAAACAAAGGCCUAAAAAAAAACGUCCUACCAUAAUGUGAUGAUACUGGGUCAAUGGUCCCGGACCCAUGGCAGAGCCACUUUUACCAGAUGCAGGAGCACGAUCUGCGUUCUUGGAGCUGCUCCGGGCGUGGCAGCGGACCGGACCGGAGCAGAUCUUCCACAUCAAUGUGUCUAUAAGGAGAAGGAGGUUCAGAUGGGUCAGCAGCCUUCAAACAAAGAGACAAACCCCCAUUUGGACCAAGACAAAGCAGAAGAAUGGCAAGUGAUGAAGGAACCAAAAGAAUCCGAACCCCUUCAGAUGAAAAUUAAACUGGAGGAACCAGAACUUCUGCAGUUAAAAGAGGAACAUGGUGAAAUCGGUGUCAGUCAGGUUGAAGAGCAGCUUGUUCUGAAUCAACAGACUGAUUUCGUAAUGAUGAAAGACGAAGACCAUGGAGAACCAGAACCAAAUGGGGACCAGCUCUUCUCUCAGAACUCUCCUGAAGCUAAGAACUUAAAUCAGAAAGGGAUUAAUGAUAAAGACUCAGGAUCAAGUCGGGAUGAAGCAUUGAAUCAAAAUAACAGAGAUAAAAGUAAACUGAAGAAGCACAGAGUUGAGAAAAGGGCUUUUUGCAAAAUCUGUGGUAAAAGUUUCAACCACUGUUAUUUAUAUGAUCACAUAAGAACUCACACAGGUGAGAAGCGUUUCUCAUGUAAGACCUGUGGGAAACGUUUUAUUCAAAGCUAUCAAUUAACUGUUCACAUGACAACUCAUACAGGUGAGAAACCUUUCCCAUGUCAGACCUGCGGAAAAGGUUUCAGUCGGAAGAUUUAUUUAACUCGUCAUACGAAAACUCAUACAGGUGAGAAACCUUUUGAGUGUCAGAUCUGUGGAAAGGGUUUCAUCCAAAAAGAGAAUUUGGUUACUCACAUUAGAACCCACACAGGUGAGAAGCCUUACUCCUGUCAGAUCUGUGGGAAAGGCUUUAGUGACAGAAGUAAUGUAAAACAUCACAUGAGAACUCACACAGGUGAGAGACCUUUCUCAUGUCAGAUCUGUGGGAAGAAUUUUAUUCAAAAAAACAAUUUGGUUACUCACAUGAGAAUUCAUUCGGUUGGGAAACACUUUCCAUGUGAAAUUUGUGGUAAACCUUUCUCUGGCAAUGAUCUGUUGGCCUCUCAUAUGACAACUCACACAGGUGUGAAACCUUUUUCAUGUCAGACAUGCGGAAAAGGUUUCAGUCAGAAGGUUCAUUUAACUCGUCACACUAAAACUCACACAGGUGAGAAACCUUUUGAGUGUCAGAUUUGUGGAAAAGGUUUCAUCCAAAAAGAGAAUUUGGUUACUCACACUAGAACUCACACAGGUGAGAAGCCUUACUCUUGUCAGACAUGUGGGAAACGUUUUAGUGACAGAAGUAAUUUAAAACACCACAUGAGAACUCACACAGGUGAGAGGCCUUUCUCAUGUCAGAUCUGUGGGAAAAGUUUUACUCAAAAAAAUAACGUAGUUACUCACAUGAAAGUUCACACAGGUGAGAAACGCUUCCCGUGUGAAAUUUGUGGUCAAUGUUUCUCUCGCAGUAAUAAUUUGACUCGCCACAUGUGCACUCAUAUAGGUGAGAAGCCUUUUAGAUGUCAGCCCUCUGAACAAGGCUUCAGUGAUGAUAGUAAAUUUAAACCCCACAUGAGCGCUCACACAGGUGAGGAGGUGUAAUUAUUUAAACAUGAAAAUGUUUGAGAAGUUACAGUUGAGAAAUCAUAUAAUCAUUAAACUGAAGCCCUAAAACUCCAGUGUUGAAGGUGAAUUAAUUGAAUUAAUGUAUUUUCAUUUAAAUCUGUACAGUACCUUACAAAAGUACCUUCUUUCCAUGGCUUUUUUCCCCCUAUUUGUAAAUUUAAAUGUGUUUUAAUCUUUUUUAUGUGAUUCAUCUACGCAAAAUAGUUGGUGAAAUUAAAUUAGAAAAAUAUAUAUAGAUAAAGAUAAACAACAGAAAAUUGCCAUGUGUAAACGUGUUCACCACCUUUGCUAGGAAGCCCCUAAAAGUUCUGUUGCAACCAGUUACCUUCAAAAGUCCCAUAAUUAGUGAAAAUAGGUCCGCCUGUGUUUAAUCUAAGAGUCACAUGAUCUGUCGGUAUAAACACACCUUUUCUGAAAGGCCUCAGAGGCCACUAAGCAGGAGACAUCACACCACGAAGACCAAGGAGCUCCCCAAACAAGUCAGUUGUUGAGAAGUACAAGUCAGGGUGGGGUUAUUAAAAAAUAUCCAUGUCUUUGAUGUUUCCCAAGUUCCAUCUGAUGCAACAUCUUCAGAUGGAAAGCAAGAGGGCCGCCAACCAGACAGGAAGGGCAUUCAUUAGAGAGGCAGCACAGAGACCAAAGGUAACUCUGGAGGAGCUGCAGAGUUCCACAGCAGAGACUAGAGUAUCUGUCCAUAGGACCACAAUAAGCUGUACACUCCAUAGAGCUGCACUUUAAAGACGAGUGGCCAGAAUAACUCGGUGUUAAAAAGUGCACGUUUUGAGUUCGCUCAAAGAUACGUGGGUGACUCCCCAAAUAAAUGGAUGAAGGAGCUCUGGUCAGAUGAAACUAAAAACUGAACUGCCAGAACACUGUCUGGUACAAACCCAACACCCCAACAACACCACCCCCACACUGAAACAUGGUGGUGGCAGCAUAAUGCUGUGGUGAUGUUUUUUCGCAGCAGGGACUAGGAAUCUGGUCUGGGUCAAGGGAAGGAUGAAUGGUGGUAAAUACAGGUAUAUUCUGGAGCUAAACCUGGGUCGGUCUGGCCGUGAUUUGAGACUGGGACGGAGGUUCACCUUCCAGCAGGACAAUGACCUGAAGCAUACUGGCCUUGUCAAAGUCCUGAGCUCAAUCCAACUGAGAAUCUGUGGUUAGACUUGAAGAUCGCUGUUCACUAGUGAAACCCAUCCAAUAUGAAGGAGCUGGAGCAGGUUAGCCUCGAGGAAUGGGCAAAAAUCCCAGUGGGAAGAUGUGGUGAGCUCACAGAGAAUCAUUUAAUUGCUGCUACAGAUGAAUCUACAAAGUAAUGACUUUAGUGGUGUGAACAUUUAUGCACACUGAAAUAUUCAGUUAUUUUGUCCUAUUUGUUAUUUGCUUCACAAUGAAAAAAUAACCCCUCUUCAGAGAUGUAGGCAUGAUUUCUAAAUGAAAUGGAGCAAACUCUCAAACACCAAUUUUAAUUCCAGGUUGUGAGGCAGCAAACCAUUAAAAAUGCCAUGGGGAGAAAAUACUUUUGCAAGAGAUUGUGACUAAAUGGCAACGAAACGAGAUGUUUGUCUGGGAUCUUCCACAGAGUAGUGUGAAAAUCUUAAGAGAAAAUGCAAAUGGAUGAAAACAUAAAAUAUAUAAAACAUGUAAAAUAAUAAGUGCAUAAACCCAAGAGCAGGCCAGCUUUUUAGCAGCUUGUGGCAGAAAGCUGUGCAGCAUAAAGGUGUUUCUGUGGUGGGUAUUCACACGUUCGGAGCCAAGGUCCUGCACCUGAUCUGAAAUUAAGGGAAAAUAAUCUCAGCUCUUCUCACUAUCAUCUGCAGAAUCAUCCCGAGAUGCAGCUCAUCCACCCUCUCUCAACCACAGCUCGGUACAGUAAUUUGAAUUUGAUGUGUGUUUUAGUUACCUAAGACUGUCCAUUCUCUGCUGGGCCCAUUUCAGGAUCCCAGUGGUGUUCUUCAUCCAGGUGAGGUCGUCAGAGAUCUAUACUCGGAGAAAGUAACGUUACCUACUCCCUUGAUUCCAGUUGGUGAUGUUAAGGGACGCUUGGUCAGUUUGUGACCUCUGAAGGUUGAAGAUCUUCUUUUUCAUAGUGUCCAUGUUCAGGACCAGGUUGUCUCUAUCCCAGGCCUCUGGCUGUUUCACUUUCUCCCUAUAUGCUAAUCCUAUUUUUACCAUAAAUGAUUUUCUCUACUGAAGUAUCAAUUGCAAUUUUAUUGAUGGGGGUUUUUCUUAUGCAAUUUAUGCACAGCUGCAUGGAAACUUAAUGAACAAUGGUGGUGCAACACCCAACCCUGAGAUGUUCUGCUUCUAGGUAUGAUGGAGUUAGGGAUGGUUUUCCAGUGCAGACUGUGGUCUCUCAAUCAGGACAUUUACAAUCCACAGAGAAAUCAAAUUGUUCAGGCCAAGCAGGAUCAUUUUCUCUUAGACUCUCCUGAAUGAUGGCAUUACCCGUAAAGCUAAAAUUCAAGAGCGGGAUUUAGCCAUAGCUGUCUUCAUAGUUCAGAUGACGGAGCCCUUUGUGCAGAAUGGUGGACAUUGCAACCUUUGUUAAUGUAGUUGGGGUGACAGGCCAACUGGUUUUGAUUUUGUGAUGCAGCGAGGCUGAGAUGUGAGGUUUAGCCAGCUGUUCAAAAUGUUCCCUUAUUAAAGAGUCAGACUAUCAGAACAAGCUCGGAGCAAACCUGCAGACCAGUAUUAGCUGAUGCAGAUGCAAAGACCUGCUCCAUGAUUUUCACCAGAGCUGUUUGACACUUUGUCCAUGUAACCCAGUGUUCUUCCCUCCAGCUGUAUGGACAAAUCCUGGUAAGUACAGGAGUCAUCUGACCAGGUUUCAGUCUCUCUCCUGUUUGUGUCUUCCUCUUAGCAGAUGUAGCUCCAGCUUCUAGUUUAGGUAGCAGACGUACUACUAUGUCCCUGAAGAUAAAGGUAGCAUGUUGUUCAGUCAAUGGGCAUUAAACUUCUGUUGAGCUAAAGAUCCAGAUAACAAGCUAGGUUCUCUGCAGCAUGUUAACUUGUUAGCUAUCAGCCUGCUAGGGGACGUCGUCAUCUUUCAUGUCCAGAUGGCUUUGUUUCAAGAUGGAGGAUGUCAGAAUACCAGUAAACUAUGUGGAAAAGCAGCUACUGGGAACGAUUCUCCCACAACCAACCGGUUUCACCUUCUCAUGUACCGGACUAACCAGCUCCAGUGUUUUCAGUCAAAUAUAUUUUAUUUUCAAGACAAGUACACAGAUGAGGUUAUUGUUGUAGGCCUUAAUGUCAACCUGACUGGGUGGUUUCCAUGACAACAGACUGCAGCGCUAAUGUUAGAGUACUCAGGAAUAACAGCUGUGUUUCCAUAAGUGGGUCUGCAGCUGUUGUUUUUGAUCUCUUGUUUGCUGUUUGGUAGCUGCUUCUUCACAUCAGAAACGGCUUUUUUCCAGUUAUGAGCGGUCUUGUUCCGAGCAGAAAGUAAGUACACCUGCAUCCUUCGCUGACUUUUUUUACUCCUGCGAUCGCCAGGGCUUAUUUUUGAAGUUUUGGUCAAAUUUAGACUCAGUUUUGCUUAGCUAAAGACAAGUUUAGGAAUUCAUGAUAUGUGCAAUAACAUCAGUAUCGACCGAUGUUAGUAAUUUUUCAACAUAUUAACAACCGAUGUCAGUUUCCAUCUUGUUGCCAUUGGCCAUGUGGUUUAUGUUUGGUCAUGUGACGGAUACAGAUGCAGCACAGGAUUGUGGGUUGUUUAACUGAAGCAGAGAAGCAAUGUCAGCAGUGUGGUUGUUUUUUCACGGUCUCAAAAGGGUAGAGAGGUAUAUAUAAUUCUUAUAAAGUAGGUAAAUAUUGGUUAUUGGCCAGAACAGUAGUAUUUAUAUGGUUAUUGAUAUUAGUCUAACAUUUUCGUAUGGCUGCGUCUCUCGAUGAGUUGAAGUCCAGGACAGUGGACUGACUCGACUCAAACUGCAGAACAUGAAUACGGUCCGGUUCCGGUUCAGGACUGAGCUUUGACCAAGUCAUUUAUCAAAGUUAAUUUAAUGUUUAUAACUGUAUUCAAAAAGCUUUGAAGUUAAGCAAUUUUUGGGUCACAGAAAAAUGUGGUUAAACAGCUAUUUUUGAGAAAAUGGGGAAAAGAAUAUAAUUUCUUUGUCAUAAUCAAAGACCCCAACUUCAGUGCAAAGUGACAUCUUUAAUCUGGAUCUGUUGUAAACAUGUAUUUAAAAUGUCUCUGUCCCGGUGCUGUUCAGUACCCCUGAUAAACCUGGUGGCAGACAGAGCUGAGUUAUGUUUAGUAAUAAUGUUUUUCCAUACUGAAUAUACAAUGUAGUAUAUAUCUUUGAGUGUUGUGCUUUUAAAAUGUUGCCUCAUGUAUCAGGCAUUUAAUGUUAUUCAUUUAUUAUUUUAUCAAACUAAAAUCAUUCUGACCCGAUCUGUGUGAUUCACAUAUCUGUACUUUAAGAAAUACCUUUUGGCGCGUGGAGUACACGUGUUCUCCUCGUGUUCUCCUGGUGCUCCGGGAUUUGGCCUCCAACCGCUGCAGGCCAGCAGGGAGGGCUGAUCACACUCAUCACUCCAAUGUUGCUCUGCUAACACAGUGAUCAUUGGGUGGGAUUUUACUUCACCCACUGUGAGAUUAUCAAAUGCAUGUCUUCAUCAGAGAUGAAGAUGUGAGACAUGGGCCCAGCAACAUCACUCUGUCCCACUGCUACAACACUAAGGUUAAAGGUCUAUCGCUACAAACGUUUCGGCCUAUGGAAUCAAUGAAGACAGAUGCUGGAGGGUCAUUAUGAAUCAAUAGUCCCAUAGUAAUAGGCUCUGCUUCUUGAAAACAACUAGAUGUUUGAUUACUACUUUUUAAAAUAGUUUUUGUAUAAAUCUUUCAAAGUUCAUCUCGGAUUAGAAUAUCUGCAGAAAAUUUCUCCAGUUCUGACUGAUUUCUUGAUGUGGAUCAGUUUUAGAGAAAGAUUAAGUGAAGUUUCAACAACUAUUUUUUUUAUCAUCAUACAAUUUUGAAGUCAGAAUAAAUGUGUUACACUUGCUUGUUCUGUUGUCUUUGCUUUUCAUAAAGUAACAGUUUUUAAGGAAGCUUGACACUAAUUCAGAGGAACUGGAUCUUCAUCCUGUUAGGUGAUGUUUUCCACGUUCUGGUGUUUAGAAUAAACAUUUAAACAGACUGUCUGCAGUAAAGCAUGGUAUUAAAAUACACCUGUCUGGGAUGGAUGGUCAAUAAUUGGUACUAUGAGCUGAAAAGAUAUCGCUAUUGCAGAAAAUGUAUCACAUUUUGCAUAUAAAGAAAAAUCUUUAAAUUAUGAUUUGUGUACUAAGAUAGAAAAUCAAAACACGGUUUGUGUCUAAAAAAAAUGACAGAUUUUAAAAAAAAGUUUAUUUCUUUCUUUCGGGAAGUUUUUAUUAAAUAUUUAUUUUGGAUUUCUUUUAUUUUUUGGUUCAUUGAUUUUUCUCUUCCCAUUUAUGAGCUUCUCUUCUGUCCAGCAGGUGGCAGUCAUACUUUCUAACCGCUGUUAGAACAGGAAGCCGCUGUGUGGGUAACUUCCGGUGCAGCGGUUAGCAGAGUUAGCAGCUUCUCUGUGUUGCUCAGCUGAUUGUUUUUUAGGCGGGAAACUGCGUAGCUUCUGGUGGUUCUGGUGUUGAUGGUUCUGUUUGGAUGCAGCAGGAUUAUGUAAAUGUGUCUCUGUCAUCUGACAGAUUUAGGAGGAGCUCAGAAACCAGAUGUUCCUCUGAAACAGGAGGACAAUAAUCACCUUCAGUAUCUCCGGUUCUGUUGGAGGAACUCAGAACUGUUCUGCUGGAAGUCUAUUGGUGGUUUUCAUCAAAUUAGCAGACAAUAAAUACUUUGUUUAUUUCU